AUGGCUGAGCAACUCGCUCUCGUGGUGCGCGAGGUGGAACGUCUCGUGACCGCGCCUUACGUGCCGUCGCUACAGGACUUAUAUGGAGUUGUGCAGCAGUGUUCUCUGUCGACGAUCGAAUCCUGGGCAUUCUGCAAACCUUGCCAGGUUAGCGCGCUGGGCGAUGUUCUAGUAGAAGCUUUGUCGCGAUCACGCGUCGCUUUGCCUCUGCUUACUGCAUUCUCAAAUGCUUCGUCAUUUCGCGAUGCGCUGCUAAACCGCCGUCAAAUGAUUUUAGAUGCCUUUCUUCAAAAGGCACUAGAGACUCACGAGCAUGAGUACAUCCCUGCAUGCGUUGCCCUGCUAUCUUCACCCCUGCCACCAGAUGCAGUGCCACCAGCCCGCAUUGCCCCCUUCAUCACGAAGCUGGUGGGCAUGAUGCCUGACAACCCUUGUGCGGAGACAAUCACACCUCUCUACACCAUCAUGAAAGGCUUACAAGGCUCACCAAAAAUUCUCGAUGACAUUCCUUCGGAGGUCAUGUCCAAUCUCCAAGUGGAAUUCACCAAGACUUUACGCAACUUUGAUGACCACAUGGGCAAUCUCUUGUGCCUUGGGACUUUCGCUCAGAUCGCGCUAGCACGAUCAUCACCUUCACAAAAUCAACACGGAUCAGAAGCUCCAUCUUGGCUUCUCAAUAUUAACCAUUUCUUCGGCCCGAAACGUGGUCUGAAGACUCUGGACUUGGUAGUACUGCGCGUCAUUCUCGCUUGCUCAUCUAGCUGCAACCUGGGACCAUCCCAAGCUGCUGAAAGUAUUAAGCUGGCUAUCUACAUCGUUGAUGCGAUCCAGCUUGAUCAGAAACAGAUUUGGAUGGCUAGCAAUUCUUCCAAACUUGCCAAACUGUGUGAGAAGGCUGGGAGAGAUGGGCUUGAUGAUGAGAUACGGACAAUGGUUAUCAUAUUUCUGCUUGGUCUCGUUCCAGCAAAGUCACUGCCAUCCCAAGUACGAGAUUUUGGCUCAAAUGCUCUUUUGUACAAGGACAGCCAGGCAGUUCUGGCGAGUGUACCCCCACAACUUAUCUCAAGGCUCUCUAAAUUAUUAGCUACCUCCGGAGAAUCGACGACCCAAUACCUCUUGAACUUCGCAUGCUCCACUCUAAAGGAAAAUGACAGUCAGGAUCAGAAAACAGUCAGCAAGCUACGCCUUGCAAGCCUAGUACUGGCUGGCCUACGGGAAGUUGAUCCAAAACUACUGCUUUCCAACAUCUCCAGUUCAAUGGCUGCCUUCAAGCAGGGCCUUGUGGGAAUGCUUGAGAGCUUCUCUAAGAGACCAAGCAAGGAUAGCUGUAAUGAGUCGAAUGUGUGUCUGUCCCAGCAAUGUAAAUUGCAGAACGAGCUGUUCGUAUCCUUGAUCAAGCUUCACAACUCUGUCUCUUCGGCGCAAAAUGGAGGUGAUACUCUCAUGCAGUCUCUUGUUGGGUAUGUGGAGAGAUCAUUGCCGAGUGUAAGCUGUACUCUUUCACAAAUUGAACAGAAAGAUCGCGCUGGAUCCUUCCACUUGCCCGACAGAAACGACUUCUCAUCGCGUCGCGCUUCCCGCAAUUGGCGCCAAGAUAUGACAUCAGCAUUCAUGGAGACUUCCCGGAACACUCACACGACUAUGAUGCAAAAGAUCGAAGAUGUAUGCUUCGAGUUAGAGCGUCGCUGCUACGACGUGGAGGGACCAGUCCGAGCUGCCGAGGAACAAAGAGAUCGGAUCGCUGAAGAGAAUCAUCAGCUGAAAGAACACAUUGAACAACAAGAGACUCGCCUGAGUGAAUUCUCAGAAUUCUUUGCUGGCCUCCAUGACGAGAAUACCCGCCUCGAGGAGCAAAUGCAGAGUGAAUCCGCACGAGUUGAACAGCUUUCGAAGUCUCUUGCUUCUGUGAAGGAGGAGCUUCAGGGGCAGCAAUGGCAAUCUGAGAAGGCAAUUUGUCUCGAAAAGGAGCAGGCUCGAUCAAAGGAGUUGGAAAUGAUGGCUGCUCUGACCGAGAAAGAUGAUCAAAUUGAAGAUCUCCAGGAAGAAAUGCGUCUCUUGCAAACUGAGCAUGAACGAAUACGUCAGACCCUUGACCAAGUCUCCAAGGAAAAGGAUUCUUCUCUGGAUACCUCUGGACUUAUGAGAGAGGAAAUUGCUGGUAUGAGGGAUAGUCUGGAACAGAGCAGGCUUCUCGCUGUCCAGAAAGAGGAUGAAAUCAAGCGUCUGUUGGCUGCGAAAGAUGAUCUACGCAUGCAAGUGGCGACUCUAAAAUCAACAGUACGUUUAUUGAUUCUCUAUGGAAGGCAAUACGUACUAACUGAUAUAUCCCAGACGAAUGAACAGAACACAGAAGUUGAAAGACUUAUAAACGUGCUGCAAGAAUCCGAGGAACAGAUGAGUAGUGAGAUUGAAAAGAUCAAGCAGGAUCAUAGUGUCAAGGUGUCUAGGGUCACAUCCGAGAUGACCAAGCAGGAAGACCAGAUCCGGCAGUUGCAAGCCGCUAUGCAUGCUGCCACCCUGGAUGCUUCCAGAAACACCCAGCUCAAGGACAAACGUAUCGCACAUUUGGAGAAAAAGAUUCAAGCUUUCCGUGACGAACGUGCCGCCAAGGCUCGCGAGUUCUCCGAAGCCCAGCAACAUAUCGGAAGACUCAUGGGUGUGAUGGGCUUCUCAUCCAAUGCCCCUGAAUCCACCAGUCCCAAACAUCAACGGGCCAGAUCAAGUAUCAACCCGAUCGAAGCUGCAAGUCCCCAGCAACCAAUCAGUGAUGACGAAGACGCACAGCUAGCAGAGUCGUUUGAAUCCUUGGCGUCAUUCAACGGACCCACACCCAAACGGCCAAGAGGAAAUCGUCCACCGCAGGCGCUUACUACUCCUUCAGCAGUUCCUCGGCCAAAGGGUCCAUCACCCACUAAGGGAAUGCCUCAAUCUGCCCGGCAGCCAUUAGCAGCUGCCAACAACAAAAGCCCGAUCAAACCCCAAGCGAGCAAUCUAUCAAAGCACAGCGAAGUUGAUGCUUCGUUCCAGCAAAGUCAGGCUCAGGAGAAUGUUGAAGGACACCGGCUGCAGGAUUUUGAUUUGGAUAUGGAUCUUGAGUUUUCGAAGGAUUUCCUCUUUUCAAGUACUGCAUUUACGGGAUCGAAUGAUCAGGCCGUGCCAUAG